UCCGCCACCUACCAUUGAGAUAUAACAAGAUAAAACCAAGAUUAACUUUUACUAAUAAAGACAAAGGGAAGAAUCUAAAGUCAUAUGUGCAGUGCCAGGUGCCAAUCACAUUCAGAGGUCAGCGAGUGAUGGAAGUCCCUGCCAGUUACAACAAAACUUCCCUUUUCUCAGAUGCAGUCGUGUGUACAUGGAAGUGCACCGCUUAUUUUGUGUCUCAACUCUGCAUUGAUUGCACGGGACUGUAAAUAGACACUGCUACCAUGGUCUCUGCCUUCCUCUGGUUUAAAUCCGUGGUCUGGCUUACUGCUGCAUUCGAGAUGAAGUUUCUCCUGUGUCAGAUUAGCCUGAGGACCCUGAAGACGUCGCCAUGUGACAUCCAUGAAAACUUCACCUCCAUGACAGUUGUGUUCAACUGCCGCGGGCGUAAACUGACCAAGAUGCCGAAUAUAACCGCAAACAUCACGAGCCUUGACCUCUCGGACAACAAGAUCCAUAACUUAACAGCGCAAGACAUGAAAAAUCUGACCUAUCUCAAUCUCAAUUUUAUCAACAAUAACCAUAAAGUCACCAUUUCUGCUGGGCUUAUUUCCAAUUUGACCAACUUAAAAGUUUUAGAGAUGAACCACAUGGCCCUGGAGCACAUCCCUGAAAAGCUUCCAGAGAACCUGCAAGAACUCUGGCUGGUGGAGAAUAAAAUCACUGUGAUUAACACCACGGCGUUCUCACGCAUGACAAACCUGACAUAUCUUAAUCUUUCUAAAAACUGUUACUAUUGGAAUCCGUGUUCGAGAUACUACGCUAUCCAAAAUGGAAGUUUCUCGUCCCUCACUGGCUUAACACAUCUCUCUUUAUCGUUCAAUAACUUGAGUCACGUCCCGACAGGACUACCUGUGUCUUUAAGAAAGCUGGAGUUGGCUUCCAACCAAAUUGCAUUUAUCGGCGAGCAUGAUUUCCAACAACUCGGCAACCUGGACACUCUUAAAAUCCAAGGCAACUGUCCCAGGUGCAGUAACGCCCCAUAUCCAUGUGUUCCCUGCGAUAACGGGUCCAUUAAAAUCCACCCACAAGCGUUCUUUAACCUGGUAGAGCUUCGAUUGCUGGACCUCGCAGGAAAUUCGAUCGAUUCGCUCGAUCCCAAUUGGUUUACAAAGCUUUCAAAGCUUGAGCAGCUGUACCUCUCCUUCAACUUUUUGUCAAGCGCUGUUACUGACCACCCUUUCUUGAGCAAUUUACAGCUGUUGAGGGAACUGGAUCUGUCGUUUAAUUACGCUCUGAAGAGUUAUCCCCACAGCAUCAAGCUGUCAUCCAGUUUCUCCAACCUGACCUCGCUGGAGAUCCUGCACAUCCAGGGUUUGGUUUUUCAAGAAAUCAGAGCGGACACCUUCAGCUCUCUGUCGGCUCUAAAAAACCUAUCGGUGUUGGAUGUCGGCACUAAUUUUAUCGUCCACGCGGACCCGAAGAUAUUCUUGCAGUUGCAACAUUUGAAGCUGCUGUAUCUUUCGGAAAACAGACUUCACCCGGUGGUGCAGAGUCGACUCGCAAGCCAAGAGGAUCUAGAUCAGAACGAUCCACAUUUGGGAUCUUCGUUCGAGAUGCCCUCGUUGGCAGAAUCCUACACCCACCAGAAGGAUCACGAAUACGAGACCUCCAACAGCCUGGUGAAACCAGAGUGCCUCGCCACCGGACGCGUGCUGGAUCUGAGUCGAAAUAAUCUCUUCUUCCUCUCUCCUCAACAGUUCGAGUCGUUCGGGAACAUAUCUUGCCUCAACCUCUCCAGUAACGGUUUCGCCGCCGCCCCCAACGGAUCUGAAUUCACGUCGCUCCCUGGCAUCAAAUAUCUGGAUCUGUCCUACAACAAAAUCGACUUGGCGUAUGACCAUGCCUUCACGGAGCUACAGGAGCUGGAAGUGCUGGACCUCAGUUACAACCCGCAUUAUUUCACCGUGCAAGGCAUCACGCUCAAUCUGAACUUCCUUGAGCGUCUGCCCACUUUAAAAGUUCUCAACAUGAGUUUCAACCGCAUCAGCACGCUCACCACCAAAACCAUGUCCAGUCUGUCACUCCAGGAGCUUCAGUUCACGGACAACUGUCUGGGCAAGUUAUGGCAGACGAAAGACAAAACUUACCACCGGAUUUUCCACAAACUGACCAACCUGACCCAUCUGGACAUAUCGUACAACUACAUCGGAGACAUUGCCGAUCAAGUUUACUCGUAUCUUCCCAAGAGCAUUCAGAAACUGAUACUGAGUCACAAUCGUCUGAGACGCAUUCAGUGGUCGAUGUUGACAAAUUUCACGCAGCUCCGCGAACUGGUUUUAAGCAACAAUAAAGUAAAUUUUAUAUCCAGCAAUCUGUCGCGAGACCUUCCCUCGCUGAUGUUUCUUGAUCUUCAGUACAACUGUAUUGUGGAGCUCCCCGGUGGGUUUCUGAAGGGGGCGGUGAACCUCAAAGCGCUGGAUGUCAGUUUCAACAGACUGAUAACCAUCAAUCAAUCCACGUUUCCGGCCGACAGUGAGACCUACCUGAAGACUCUCUGGCUGCACGGCAAUCCCUUCCACUGCACCUGUGAUUUACUCGAGCUGGUUCUGUGGAUUUACGACACCAGGGUGAAGAUACCGAAGCUGGUGACCGCCGUGACCUGCGCCGUGCCAGAAUACCGAAAAGGUCAGCCGGUCGUUCUCUUUGAAAUUAAUGAAUGCAUUGAUGACCAGGUGGCCUUCCUGGUGUAUUUUUUCUCUACUGUCGUUGUAUUCUUCACCACACUCGUGUCUAUCGUCAUGCACAUGUUCUACUGGGACGUCACUUACAUAUUCUACUACCUGAAAGCUCGAGUCACCGGAUACCAGUACCUCAACUCUCAAAGCUGCGUCUAUGAUGCGUUCAUCACCUACGACACCAAAGACCCCCACGUGUCCGACUGGGUCCUGAACCAGCUGCGGGAGCAACUAGAGGAGCACGGCGAGCGCCUCCUGCCCAUCUGUCUGGAGGAGCGCGACUGGACGCCCGGUUUACCCGUCGUGGACUGUUUGACACAGAGCAUCCAGCACAGCCGUAAAACUGUGUUCGUGCUGACCAAGAGGUACGUGAACAGCGGCUUCUUCAAGCUGGCCGUCUUUCUGGCUCAUCAGCGCCUCCUAGAGGACAACGAGGACGUGAUCGUGCUGUUGCUGUUGGAGCCGGUGCUGCAGCACUCUCAUUUCCUGCGGCUGCGCAGACGUCUGUGCAGUCACAGCAUCCUUGAGUGGCCGGGCUCGCCGUCUGCCAAGGCUUGGUUUUGGCAGUCCCUCCGGAAUGCCAUCCGCGUGGACAACCAGGCGAUGUACAGCGACCUCUACAGCAGAUAUUUCACCACUAAAUAGAAAAGUGAAAAGGGAGAAUGUUGUGUGGGUCACAGAAGCACCAGUGAAACACCAAGAUCUCAGUCAUGUGUCUUAUCCGAUGAUUUUCUCCAUUUGAUCUUUUGAUUCAUUUGAUUUGAACUUUAUUUUUGUUAUCAUGAGGAAGUUUGUGUACAAACAUCUCGGACAAAGUUUAUACUUAGAUGAAACAAGAACACUUUCCUGCAGUUGUCUACCAGACACAAGAGAUUUUAUAAAAUUAUACUUCCAUAUUCCCUAAAAAAGUGCGUACUUGUUUUUGUCUGAUCUGAGCUGUAUAUGAUAUGAUGCAUGUCUCAUGUUUGUCAGUGAUUUUAGUUAUUAAAAUGUAGUUUUGCCAAAUGUUUUUUUCAAACGUCGAAUGACUCUACUGAUACCUGGGAAUCUUAUCAAGAACGCCACCAAGUGUAUAUUAAUAGUUGAUCCACCGAUGUUUCACUUGUAAAAUCACAUGUGACAUAAGCUAUAUAUUCAAUAAAUAAAUGAUAUAAAA